AUGCUCCUUAGCGCUACGAAUGUGAGCGCAGCCGCUUUCCAGGAGGAAAAUGCGCGGCGUAGGGAUUUCUUUACCUUACUCUAUGUUGUGGAGCGACGGUUUUACUCCCCGACCAGUGUCGAGUGGCGUCUCAUAGAACAUUGCCUGGAUGAGAUAAACUACAAGUACGCCGACUUUUCCUUCCUUGUGGCUUUUGCAUCGACCGUAGCGCUUCGAAACCGAAAAGGCCACUCUUUCGUGUCCCGCUACCGGUUUCCGUUUUACAUUGGCCUUGUGGGAUAUGAUAGUGGACUGCGCACAACAAAUCCAUGCCCGAGCCUAACCUUUUGGAACUCGGUGACGCUUCUUGAUAGCCCUUUGGGAGAAACAGCGCGGACUCUGCAUGCCCCCAACUGUUUUUACGAAGUAAAACAACAACAGAAAGAAAAGAGUAAUACCGAUUCUAAUUUGUCAUACCUUCUAUGGGUGUGGGAAUCCUGCACUUUUCUCGCCAACUCUCUCUUGCUGCAGACGCUGCUGCGGCACACAUUUGAGCAGACCUGCUGGAGGCAAAAGAUCGAUGAAAGUACUGUGACAUCACUUAACGUGAAUAGUCGUUUCUUCCGAUGGGCCAUUUUUGAGCAUCGUGUAAGAAAAGGCACGCAAGAGACGACGUACGAAAUGAAAAUUAGUCUGCCGAGGCUUUCCGGAUCACUGGGUCUUCGCCGGUCCUACCGUAGCUCUGACAUGAUCCUCGAGCGGUCAUCUUUCGGUGGUCAGGUAUGGUACAGCGUGCAUUUUGCACUGAUGCGUCUGCUAGGCCUCCAUGUUGGAAGCCGCAUUGAAUGA